CGAGUGCAGGAGACGACACUUCCCUCGGUGCCGAUCGAGCAGCUUCAGACGGAGGAGGAGGAGCAGCAGCAGCAGCAGGAGGGCCACGAGGAGGAGGAGGAGGAGGAGCAGACGAGCACCUGCGCGAGGUUUUCACAUUUGGGGACGCGAUUGCGGAGUUGGAAUUGGGCGGAGGGAGGUUUAGGUCUGGAAGGGAGUGGUGGAAGUAGAGAGGAGGGGAGGGGAGAGGAGCUGAUGGAGUCGGGGAUGGACGGAGGGAAUGGGUGUUCGCGGCGGGGGGAGAAGGGAAAAUUGGUGCGAUGAGAAGGGCGGCAAUUCGACGGUGGAGGUAGAGGGGAGGAUCGAGGUUGUGUUGGAGAGUGAUGCGAGUCGAGAGCAGGAAGCCUGGAGGCCUUUUGUGUGGAGCAGGAGCAGGGGGUUGGAGUGAGGCUCGGGAGUGAGUCGAGGGAUUAUUUGGUCGUGCUGCAGGACGAGGUCUGAGAGAAAUUAUGGAGGAUCACAGUACCAAGGCUUGGUUCUCAUUGUGCUUGGCCGCUAUGGUCGGAGCCAGUGUCGCUGCUGCCUCUGCCUUUUGGCUGCACAAGCGAGCGCUGGAUGAAAUGCUUGCGAGGCUCGAUAUUGAAACCGUGGAAAGGCGGAAAUAUAAGAACAGAAGCAAUUCUCGCAAUCGGCGUCUCUCGGACAAGAUUACUAAAGACUCCGUGCUAGGAAGUUCCAACUCCCUUCCGGAAAUGUCAUCCUUUGCUAAUGGAAUUGACAAUAGCAAAUCGGACAAUAAAACCAGGUCUCCGUCCAUGGAGAGAUCAGAUUCUCAGCCAUCCUUUGCGGCAAUGAGUGCCAUUCCCCCUGGACUCCCCAGAGUUCAGACUCGUCGUGAUGGUCAGAGUACUCCCGGGAAACGCAGCUCCUCUGGUGUUCAACGUCCCGUUGCUGUUAUCAGACCUACCACACCUCGGUCUCCGGUUGGAGGUGGUGUUUUUGAAAGCAUGGAGGGUUCAGACGAGGAAGAUCACGUUUUGCACAAUGAUGACGACUCAAACUUUAUGAUGGCCGAUGAGGAAGGCGAGAUUGGGACACUGGCACCUGCCGAUGGAGUCGUUGAGAAUGAAUUGGAGGAAAAUGUGAAGCCAAAGUCUCCUGGUAGUGAAAAAGCUACUGCCGCAACCAUCAUCAGAUCUCACAGUAUACCUGGAGAACUUCACGGAAUGCAUGCCCCUGAUCCAGUGGCAGCCGAUAUUUUGAGGAAGAUACCUGAGCAAGAAACCUUUGUCCGCUUGAAUGUUUCACCUUUAGAGGCACCGUCAGAUGAAGAGGAGGAAGUGUGUCUUUUAAUGCAGGAGUGUCUUAAACUCCGGGACAAGUAUGUCUUCCGAGAGCGCGAACAUCCAUGGGAGAAGGAGGAAAUUACAGACCCUAGUACACCCAAGCCAAAUCUCGAUCCCUUCAAUUACCAACCUGAACCAGCAUCAAUGCACACAUUCAAAAUGGUCGAUGGUGUUGUCCGUGUUUAUCCCCAUGAGGCAGCGGAAGAAGAGCUCUACCCAGUUCUAGAUGCCACAAGUUUUUUCACAGACAUGCAUCGCAUUCUGAGAAUUAUUUCACUAGGAAACGUUCGUACUCUAUGUCACCAUCGCCUGCGGUUGUUGGAACAGAAAUUCAGCCUUCACCUCAUGCUUAAUGCUGAUCGGGAGUUCCUUGCUCAGAAGAGUGCUCCUCAUAGAGAUCUGUACAAUGUUAGAAAAGUCGACACCCAUGUCCACCAUUCUUCUUGCAUGAACCAGAAGCAUCUUUUGCGCUUCAUCAAGUCCAAGCUUCGCAAAGAACCAGAUGAAGUGGUAAUAUUUCGCGAUGGGAAGUACUUGACUCUCAGGGAAGUUUUCGAGAGUCUGGACUUAACAGGAUACGAUUUGAAUGUGGAUCUGCUCGAUGUUCAUGCGGACAAGAAUACUUUCCACCGGUUCGACAAGUUCAACUUGAAGUACAAUCCCUGCGGUCAAAGUAGGCUGAGAGAGAUCUUUUUGAAACAAGACAAUCUUAUCCAAGGACGAUUCUUGGCUGAACUUACGAAGCAAGUGUUUUCCGAUCUUCAAGCCAGUAAAUAUCAAAUGGCAGAGUACAGGAUAUCCAUAUAUGGAAGGAAGCAAAGUGAAUGGGACCAGUUGGCAAGCUGGAUUGUCAAUAAUGAGCUAUAUAGCGAAAAUGUUAUGUGGCUCAUCCAGCUGCCACGCUUGUACAAUGUGUACAAAGAUAUGGGAAUCGUGACAUCAUUCCAAACACUUCUCGACAAUGUCUUUUUACCACUAUUUGAAGUAACAGUGGAUCCUGCAUCUCAUCCCCAGCUUCAUGUUUUCUUGAAGCAGGUCGUAGGCUUUGACAUGGUGGAUGACGAGAGUAAACCAGAAAGGCGUCCAACAAAACACAUGCAAACUCCUGAGCAAUGGAACAACCCUUUUAACCCCGCAUACUCAUAUUGGGCAUAUUAUGCUUACGCCAAUCUCUACACACUUAACAAAUUGCGCGAGAGUAAAGGCAUGCCCACCAUCAAAUUUCGACCACACUCAGGAGAGGCUGGUGACUUGGAUCAUCUGGCAGCCACAUUUCUUGUCGCUCACAACAUAGCUCAUGGAAACAACCUGCGGAAGUCUCCAGGUCUGCAAUAUCUCUACUACCUGGCCCAGAUCGGACUUUCUAUGUCUCCACUGAGCAACAACUCUCUGUUUCUCGAUUACCACCGGAAUCCUUUUCCCAUGUUUUUUGCUCGAGGGUUGAAUGUAUCUCUUUCAACAGAUGAUCCACUUCAGAUUCACCUUACGAAAGAACCGUUGGUUGAGGAGUACAGCAUUGCUGCCCAGGUCUGGAAGCUAAGUGCGUGUGAUCUUUGUGAAAUUGCUCGAAAUUCAGUGUACCAGUCUGGGUUUUUCCAUCCUCUGAAGGCUCACUGGGUGGGAAAGAAUUACUUCAAAAGGGGGCCAGAGGGAAAUGAUAUUCACAAGACCAAUGUACCCCACAUGCGGGUGGAGUUCCGUCACGAGGUGUGGAGAGAGGAACUGCAGUAUGUGAACCUUGGAGAGGCAAUUAUCCCGGAGGAGUAUGAAUCUUGAAAGAUCCCGCUCCUUUUCUAUGGAUGGAGAUAUUCCACUUCCACACGAGUAUAACUUGAUCUGGAGUUUUAUCAGCGCUGAGUUUCUGGGAAUCUAGCCACCACUAUCACGAAAUUUUGUGUGGGCCAAAGCUCGAAGUCAAAGUGGCUAAGCUCAAAAAGAGUUUUCUCACUUUGUUCAUUGGUAGCUGGAUCCCCAUUUUCGUUGGUCCAGGAAGCAUUUUAAUUCCCUCUGUUCUCUGAUCCUUUUUAACUGAAUCAGUGGAUAUGACACCAACAAGAUAAGAAGCUCAUUGUAUCUUGUGUAGUUUCUUCUGUGAGUGGAUUGUAAUAGAAUAGCCGUGCCACUCACCUGGUACCUCGAUCAAAUUUUGAUAACGUAGUAUUUAUUCCCACUCUGGCCAAAUGAACUGUAGGCAAAUUUUUCCUUGUGUAAUAAAGAGGU